AGAAUCAGCUGGUGGUUGACAUGAGAAGUGUCUUGCCUCCUCCUCCUUGCUUUGUCUGCUACAGGGCUGGGCUGUAGCGGUGCUGGCGUCCCUCUCGCAGUCUCAGACACCACAGCCCAGCAGCCAUGCACUCAUCUGCAGCUCUCUCCUCUCCUAGUUCUAGCUUCCCUGUUCCUGCCCCGAUAAUUCGCUAACUGUUCGAUCUGCUCCUCCCGGGCCUCCUUGUGUCUACUGCUGCUCCCUUUGCUUUCGUUGCUACUGUUCCAUCUCGUAGGUUUCGUUGCUGUCCCCUGCAGGCCACCACUUGAGCGAUCUGUAAGCAGAUAAGAUUGAGGCCGGCGGCCUCCGAAAUAAAAAAGAUCCUGCAAGAAAAAAAAAAGAAAUAUCUAGGGCGAGAGAGGAAGAGGGAGGGAGGAAAAAGAAUAACCUAGCAAGCAAGCUUGUGAGAUCGAUCGUGGUCAAGAUUAUGGAUCCGGUCACGGCAUCCAUACACGGUCAUUAUCUCCCUCCGCCAUUCAACACCCGCGACUUCCACCACCAUCUCCAGCAGCAGCAGCAGCAGCACCACCACCAGCAGCACCUGCAGCUCAAGACCGAGGACGACCACGGCGGCGGCGCGCCAGGGCUGUUCGGCGACCGCGGCACGCAGGGCGACCACGAGAACAAUGACGAGAACAGUGGAAACAGCAACGGGAGCGGCGGCGGCGAGCUGGCGCUGGUUCCCCCGUCUGGUGGCGGCGGGCCCGAGGGCGGGGAUGCCACCCCUCGCCGCCCGAGAGGCCGGCCGGCGGGGUCCAAGAACAAGCCGAAGCCGCCCAUCAUCAUCACCCGGGACAGCGCCAACACGCUGCGGACGCACGUGAUGGAGGUGGCCGGUGGCUGCGACAUCUCGGAGAGCGUGACGGCCUUCGCGCGGCGCAGGCAGCGCGGGGUGUGCGUGCUGAGCGGCGCGGGCACCGUGACCAACGUCACCCUGCGGCAGCCGGCCUCGCAGGGCGCGGUGGUGGCGCUGCACGGCCGGUUCGAGAUCCUCUCCCUCUCCGGCUCCUUCCUCCCGCCGCCCGCGCCGCCCGAGGCCACGGGCCUCACCGUCUACCUCGCCGGCGGCCAGGGCCAGGUGGUCGGGGGCAGCGUCGUCGGCGCGCUCACGGCGGCUGGGCCCGUCGUGGUAAUGGCCGCCUCCUUCGCCAACGCGGUGUACGAGAGGCUGCCGCUGGAGGACGACGACUUGCUCGCUGCCCAUCAAGCGCCGCAGGCGCAGGCCGACGGUGUCCUCGCGGCCGCGCAGCUCGCCGCCGGCUCUGUGGAUCCGACCCUCUUCCAGGGACUGCCACCGAACCUGCUCGGCGACGUGCAGAUGCCGCCAGAGCCGGCCUACGGAUGGAACCCGCCGGGCGCCGCCGGUGGUGCCCGUCCGGCGCCGUUCUAAUAAUUAUUGCACGCAGCUUGUUUAGAUGAUGGUCUCGUCUCGUCGAGUGAUUUAGCUUUUCUUCUUCCGUGUUUACUUGAAUCUGUAUCGUGAAGAACGAAUUUCCGUGGGAAUUGCAUAUGAUUUCGCAUGUUAAUCAGUAGUAAGUCAUCUUACUAUUGUUUCAGAGAA